UGGACUGCACGGUGGAAAUGGAAAAAAGACCCUGCGGUGCUGAGAAACACUACCGCUAGUUACGGCAGCGUUGAUGAUUCUGUAAAGAAAGAUCGUUUCGAUGAAGAGGUUCAAACAUGGAUUGAGAAUGGUUGGCUGCGACCAUGGAAGUCACAGGUAUACGGUAGGCUGCCACUCAUGGCGGUAGAACAACCGAAUAAGAACAAGAUUAGACCGGUUCUUUACUAUCGUGAGCUUAACAGCUUUGUUCAAUCGAACCCUGGAUUGGGUACUCCUGCCUGCGAUGAAACGAUUCGAAGGUGGCGGAGAAUGAAGGGACCCUUAAAGUUGGUGGACCUGCGAUCUGCCUAUCUUCAGGUACGGAUCGAUCCUAGCCUCUGGGACUUUCAACAGGCACACAUAGGCCCCACCGUGACGUCAUCGUCAUAUUCACUCCAUCAAGCAUGACCGUGUCUAUAUGUGCCGACUGUUAGCCGCAUUUCAAUGCUGUGAAUAGAAGAAAGCUUAUUUAGGAAAAUCUUUUAUCAAGAGGCAUACUUACGAAAACUUCACUCCAUAUCGGCUUUGUGGCUGUCCAGAACCUUAUACACCCAGGUUAUUGAAACAAUUAUCUUUUUAGGAAAAUGCAAAACAUGGAUCAUGAUCACGGAUAUGCAUCAUUUGCAUUGCAACCGAGUACCGAAAUGAUGGAACUACGUCCUAUCUAAUGGUUUUUUUCUGCUCUGACGUCAGUUUCAUUGGUCGUGCCCGCUACUCUUAUUAUUCUUGCUUCGACAUUGUUGGCUGUCUCAUCGUCACCACCACCUAUAUUUGUUUCGUCAGAUAUGUUGACCGUUCCAUCGUCACCGCCACCCAUCCGUGAUGUUUGCGGAUCAAUGCCCAGUUCGUCUGCCAAGCCGGGAUCAGCGAUCCUCUUCCGGAACGUCAUUGUUGACCGCUUUAUCGCCAUCACCACCCAUCUGUGAUAUUUCCGGAUCUUUGCCCAGUUCGUCAGCCAAGCCGGGACAGCAAUCCUCUGCCGGAACGUCAUUGUUGACCGCUUCAUCGUCACCAUCAACCAUCCCUGAUGUUUCCGGUACGUUCCUUUUCGAUGGAUAUUUGCCCGGUUCGUCAGCUAUGCCGGGACAGCGAUUCUCUUCCGGUUCGUCAGCUAUGCCGGGACAGCGAUUCUCUUCCGGAUCGUCAUCCUCAACCAGUCUGCCGUCUUUACCUGAUACUUUUUCAUCAUCCGGUGUACAUGAGUGUGUUAUAACUCGAAAACAAGUGGACAAUCUUAUUAAGCAAUCGAAGCAGACUACGGCUCGAAAUUAUGUUUUACGCAAUGGAUACUAUAGCAGGGACAACAUCACGCAAUGCAGCCAUUACUGCCAUUGAUACAGAAAAGGCAUUAGAAGCAUUUAAUGCUAACUUAGAAGCUAACACGUAUGUGACUGAGAUGCUCAGCUCACUUUUGAAUACAAUAGGUUAUAUAAAAUAUGUUAAAAGAAGACCAAA